GUUUCGCAAGCGUUCCCGGAAGUGUCGCGAUGUUGCGGCUGUGGGUUUACGAAACUCUGUGACUAAACGCUCGUUUAUGUUUUCUGUUGCUAAACGUAUUGCUACCGUGUGCCCUAAUCUUAUGAAUACGACCCUGAGCACCCAACUACGGGUCCCCCUUGGGUCUUACUGAAAUAACAAACAUGGCUUCCCAAUGCAGUCAUGAAUGGAGAGCAGUGUGCGAAAUUUUUUGUAAUGCUCAAGAUCUCUCUGAAGUAGAAUCAAGAAAAGACCCAGAAAACGACCCUUUUCGAUCGAAGUAUAAGGCAAGGGAGCUUUUGAGAGAGAUAUACUGCUCCUUGAAGAAUUUCGAUGUCGGUGAACACGAGAGCGUCAAUGAUGAAGCAGACCAGCGCCCGACAGAGCAGCCCGUUGACGGAGGAAAUGAGGAGGGCUUUGGGAGAGGCCACUGUGGAGACUCCCCAGCCGGAUCAAGAGCAGCUAAACUCGGGGCGGUGGAGUAUUAUCUUGGUGUAAACCACGUUGAAACAGAAGAGCUGUCUGCUGGAGAGGAACAUUUGAUGAAUUGCAUGACAUUGCUGGAAAAGUGCAGCAUAUCACCAGAGAACGUGUCUUUGUUCAUCCAAGUCAGGGUAAUGACAGCUAAAACCUAUGUUAGCUUUCAUUUAAGCCUGCAACUAGCAGUCCAGUGCAUAACAUUUGCCUAAUCUAUACACACACAUUGGCAUUGGCUGAAGAUAAUGAAGUAGCUAGUCAAAUAUUGUGGACUGACAUUGUUUUUUGUUGUUGUUUUUUUCAGAAUCAACUGGGCAUUCUGUGGGCGGGCAGGGAUGAAAUUGAGAAAGCCCAAGGAUUUUUGGAAACUGCAGAAGCAAUGUAUAUUCGUUACAUGAAAGAGGUAGGCAUGAGACUGUCUAUGCAUAGUUAGCCUAAAUUAUUAUUUUCUUUCUGGGAGAAGAGCAAGCAGCAGCAUCAUCAUCAGGCCUCAUCAUCUGUCAUCAGGGAGGCCAGCCGCAGAGCAUUAUUUCUAGUUUACUGUCCUAUCAGACUGAAUCCUAUGGGAUCUGUUUAAAUGUAACCUUGAAAAUUCAGAGUGGAUAAUCUAUUGUUUUGUUUUAUCCACACCAUAGGAUGGGCAACCCCCAAUGGACCUCACUGAGUUCUUUGUGGCAGAGGAAGAUGCAUUACCCCAACAGGAGAGGAUAAAGCGGUAUGGACGUCAUUCUUGUGUGGAGUUGUCUUUCACAAAUGACAGAAAGAAGUGACGUUGCUCUUUUAACUUGAACUUUUCACUCUCUUCAAACAGAUUUGAAAUGGCUUAUACCCACACACUGUACUAUCUUGCACAAAUGUACAAGAACUUGGAGCUGUAUGAGAAAGCUGGGGGCUACUGCCACAGUACUCUGCAGAGACAGCUGGAAUUCAACCAGUUCAUUCCUCUGGAAUGGGCCAUCAAUGCAGCCACGUUAUCACAAUAUUACAUCACCAAGGUAAAUUAUAAAUUAUGUAUUCUCUUCAUCAAGAUUAAUGACAUAUCAUUUCUUUACAGUGCGUAAAUGACUUGAUUUCUUUAUAAUGAUAUUUCUAUGGAUUCAUUUCACACGUCUUCUCUUCCCACCCCUCUGUCUGCCAGACCCUCUACAUGGAGGGCAGGCACUGUCUAUCUGCUGCCAUUGUCAUAGCAGGCCUAGCCGGAGAGGUCCCCUCAGAAGCCGCUGCCCAGGAGAGUAAGUUCUCACUCUAAGUCAUAUACUCAGCCAUGACAGUAUAUGUUCUUUCUGAAAUGUUUGUAUGUUGUCUAUCAUUCUGUACUCAUUAACACACAUCUCACACCUUUGUGUUUAGGUGAAGAUGAGGCUGAGAAGCGAGACCAACUUAGACAGAAGAGAGCCGAAAUUGCCAGGUGUUGGAUAAAAUACUGUCUUAAUUUGUUGCAAGAUGCCAAGAAGCUUCUCGAGGUAAUUUAGACAUCUUCACACUAAAUGUAAUUCCGUAGAUGAUUAGCCUAUAUUGUGAGACAAUAUCUCAUUUGUAUGCCUGCUGCUCUGCACAGGACAACAUUGGAGAGCUAGAUGUGGAUCGACAGGCGGAGCUGAGAGCAACACGGCUACAGGAGGAGGAGGAGAAGGAGAGAGGAAGGAAGAGUGCUGUUCUGUUUGGUUCCAGUGACACCUUUGACUCCAUCUGUGGCCUGGAGGAGAAGGUGAGUUGUGUCUUCCCUGUCAACUUUGAGGAGGCCCGCGCCAUCUUUCUGGUUGGCCAGGCCUAUGUAAACCAAGCUAAGGAGUACUUUGAGAUGGACGGCCACGUCACAGACCACAUUGAGAUUCUGCAGGACCACAGCGCUCUCUUCAAGGCCUUGGCCUUCUUUGAGGAGGACCUGGAGCGGCGCUGCAAGAUGCACAAGCGGCGGGUGGACAUGAUGGAGCCCAUCUGCAAAGACCUGAACGCCCAGUACUACCUCCUCAUCUGCCGCCAGCUGCAGUUUGAGCUGGCUGAGACCUACUACGAGAUGAUGGAUCUGAAGCUGGCCGUAGCCAACAAGCAGGACGACCUGGACGCGCACACAGUCAAGAAGUUUAACCACCUCUGCUCCUCCUCCACCAAGUUCUAUCAGAUGUUCCUCGACUCUGUCCGCUCGCCAGAGGGCAAGUGGCCGGAUAAAUUGGAGGACGAGGUACUGAGGCCAGUCCUCGUGGCUAAGUUCCGGGUGGCUCGUCUCCACAGCAGGCUGAUCUCGUCCAGCACAACCGUUCAGCUGGAGAACCUGAACCGCUCCCUGGAGUGCUACAACUUUGUGGUCCAGUACUGCAAGGACAACCCAGAGGCCAAAAUCGCCAUCGAGACAGAGCUGGAGCUGAGCGAAGAGAUGGUCAGCCUUCUGCCCCUCAAGAUCAACCGACUCAAGGCAAAUUUGGCCUCCUCUAACAGACUCUGAAUGUGCCCUAAACUCCACACUAUAAAGCCUGGUUAAACACCCCUAUCAUAUAUUAAAUAUGUCAUUCUCCUCAACCCCCAUUUGAUGUUCUGCAUUUCCUGAUGUGUAAUUUGUAUUACUUUUGGACCAAUUAACCACACCUUUUAAUAACUGAAAAUAAUUAGUUAUAUGCAUGAUGCUACAUUCAUUGCCUAAUUUAUUUGUUCUCCUGGCUGAUGGAAAAUAACUAUAAUGUUGUAUGGUAUGUAGAUAUGUAGCUAAAAACGAUAUAAUGGUAACAUGAAUUAACUAAUGUGAUAUUUGUUUUGAAAAGGAUAUGUUUUAAUCUGUUUAUUUCCAACAGACAACUGAAACUCUAAAUAAACAUAACGUGCAAAUAACCUUUUCUUGCCUCAAAA